UCCAUUCCACAACAACUCGGUCACUUGUCAACAACAACUUUAACCACAGCGACAGCGCCUCAGAAUGACUACGCCAAGAGUUGGCGUGGACAUUAGGCGCUCGCGUCCACCCACGGCUUUCGACCUCUUCCCCAGCUCGGAUGUCAGCUCGUGGUUGGAUUCCCUGCAGGCCAAGAUUCACCAAGGUCUCGCUGGCGACCCUCCGCCCUUGUCCAGCCGCUCGCCUUCUCCACUGAGGGCAGUCUCUCCCCAACCACCAGCCCGUGAAGAAAACGGGUACUCGCACUCGCUAUCAGACCACCAAAGCUCGGCUCAUAACGAAGGCCUGUUUGGCGACGAGGACGACGACGACGACGCAGUGUCGGAGGGUGGCGAGAGCCGCGACGCGCACGGUGACUCUGAGAACGACGAUCGUGAACCAGUCGACUAUUAUGAUGAGACGCGAGCAGGCCGCGAGACAAGCGCUGUGUCUCAGCCAUCCGUCGCGUCCUCCCGGCGACCAUCUUAUCGUCAAGUGUCGCAAGAUGAGGAGGUCUACGAGAUUGUCGACUCGGAUGAUGAAGAGCAGGACGAGGAAGCAGAGGGAGAGGAAGAGGAGGGCGACGAAGAUCUGGACCAAGGUCAUGGCGCGGCUGCGACAUACGCCUACGAUGCGCGCCACUCUCACCAAGAGGGAGAGUGGGACGACGGCCAGGUGACCCCGUACGACGACGACCAGGACAACGCCUACGACGAAGAUGGCCAAGGGGAAGAUGUCCUUUACGGGGACGUGGAUCUCGACGCACAGUACGACACGUCGUUCUCGCCGCGGCGGCCUCAAGCGGACGAAUAUGACCACAACCGCGGCAUGCCCGCUGUGUCGCAUCCUCAGUACUUCCGCGAGGACGAUGACGAACGUGCUGAGAUCUCCGACAACGACGAGGAUGAGGAAGAUGAAGACGAGGAGGGUGAAGGCGAUGACGAUGAGGGCGAGGAGGACGAGGGUGAGGAGGAAGACGACGACGAUGAUGAAGACGGGGAGGACAAUGAGGAGGAAGGAGACCUCAGCCACAACGACUACCUGGCCCGCACCCCUCAAGCGUCAACCCCGGGCCGUGGAUCGGUAAACGAGCCGAUCGAGCUGCUCGAGUCCGACGACGAGGAGGACGAGGGCGAGGGCGAGGACGACGACGAGGACGACGACGAGGAGGAGGAUGAUGAAGAGCACGCCUCAGCCCCGCACCACCACCUUGAGGUCGACUAUGACGACCAAGUGGAUGAGAUCGACGACGACGACGACGACGAUGAGGGAGAAGAUGAUUUCCCGGCCGAUUCCUCCCAGUCGUUCGACCCCACCGCUGGGCAGUUCGAGCACUACCUUGGCGACCCGUCAUUUGCUGCCAAUGUUUACCACGCAGCUGGGGUAGACCUACAUGUUGACCAUGCCGGCCACGCUGUGGUUGACAGUGCAUUCGUUGUUGGAGUCGCCGCCGAGUUUGCGACUUCGGCUGGCCCCUCCGUCCCCUCCCCAGGCGACUCCAUGCUGACGGAAGCCGUGGCCGCCGUCGUGGAGGAGGAGCACGCUUCUGUCCGUGAAGAUGCCCCUGGAAUACCCGUCGACCCUGUACAGACGGAAUCCGUUCAACCCGGCGACGAGAUCGAAGUGGAAACCGAACCACCCGUGGUCGAAGAACCCGAGUCGCCCAGGCCCGAGUCUACGGCAGAAGCUACACCCGAACUCCUUGUGUUUGUCGGGGACGAAGACGAAAAUCCCGACGAGGAGGAGCAAGAGCCUGAGGCAAUCGAGGUCGUCGAUGUUGACGACGAAAACGAAGCACCAGAAGCGGAGGACGAUGAAGCGGAGGAGGAGGAUGUGGUCGAAGAAGAUGAGCCUGUGGUCGAGGAGGAGAGGGCUGUGGUUGAGGAAGACGAGGUUGUGGAUGAGGAGCAACGACCUCUGGAGGUGGAAGAAGUGGAGCUGGAAGAAAAGGUUGCCGUGGAAGAAGUGGAACAGGUUGAGGAGGUCGAGGAGGAAGAGCCUGAACCUCUGGAGCGCCAGGAAACGUCUGAGGAACCCGAGGUCCUGGAACGCGAACGAUCCCCUCACGCGUCCAACGAGGCCGAGGUCGUGGAGAAAGACCAACAACCUCAACCCCUCGACGACGGCUCCUCCCUGGAAGCCACUAAGGCCGAUAGCGGCAGCACUGCCGACAGCGCAGAUGAGGUUCAAGACGAUAUCCCCUCCAACGAGAUCGACGCAAACCCCACUGCCGAUAUGGUUCAAUCGGACGUUGAACUUCCACCGUCAGAGGAGACGAAGCCGACCGACCUGAAGAUUCCAGAGAUCCUCAGCUCUCAGCCAGUCCAAACUGGCGAGGAGGGUGCCGACGCCGAUUCUUCAGCCGCUGCUGUUAAAAUUGAGGACGCAGACGUCCUCGCUGAGGACCCGCCCCCACAGUCAUCAUCCGGUGAUGCUACCCAAGAGCCCGGACCCGGCGUUCCCGACGGCGAGACUGCGGAUGCAGGCGAAUCAUCAACGGCCCAGGCCGAGAGCAAGCCGGAGGUUGGCAGGCUCGCAGAAGCCGACGAGAAGCCCACCGUGGACCCAGUAGCUGUCGAGCCUCGACCUCUGCGCCACAACCACCAGCUGCACCGAGACACUCUUGCCCCGACUGCUCUUCAGGCGUCGAGCCAGGCGCCGGCUUCACCAACUCGACGACGGACCAGGUCCUCGCAGCCUCUAGGCUCUCCACCAACAACGCGCUCCCACUGCAUGUUCCACAAGCUGCAGGUCGCCGAUGGCGACCUCAGCUGCAUCGUUGUGGCUCCACAGUGCACUUUGACGGAUCUCGUUAAGAUUCGAGAGGAACGAGCGACUGUCCUCGGCGAGGUCACCCCUGACGAAAGGACACUCCUGCAAGGCCAUCUACACUCGGUGCACGACCUUCACCCCGUGCUCCGAAGCAAACUCUCUCGCAUUGGCGUCUCAGUGGAUGACGAUGAGCAAUGUUACGUCCUGUCCGCCAGUGAGGGGGCUAUCGAAGAACGCCGUGACCCUUCACCGCGCAAGGAUCGCCGUCUUUCGUCGCGGGCGUCUGUCGGUCGCAGCACAAAGAGCCCCGAUCCGCGGGCGCUUGGCAGCCCAUCGCAGGCUCAGGUAGCAACUCCUAAGCGCAACACACGAUCGUCGUCUGGCGGGCCCAGUGCACCUCUUGCUGUUUCGCCACUCUCGACGGCUUCCAACCACCUCCAGCCUGUCACCGAGACAACCGAGCCGCCACCACCGGAGCUCAAGACCCCGCAGGCCAGCUCAUCACGUCUCCUUCCCGAAGCCGCCGCAGCGCAGACACCGAGUCGCAGGAUUACGCGUAGCAUGCACGCGUCCGUGGACCUCACAAAUGCCGCACCGGCAACGGAAGGGCUGGCGAUGACCGAUGCCAACCACGGACUUGUCACGUCAGUGGCUGAGGACGAGCCAGCGACAACCACUACAGACGAGCCUGAGAACAACACCCAGCCCGAUGUCGAGAUGGAGGACACAACGGCACCUGCCGAUCCUCCUCCUACAGCAACUUCUCCAGCUAUGGGAACCCGCGCUCGAAAACGCAAGGCCGAGCUCGAGGAGGAAGUUGGCGGUGAUCUUCCAGCAGUGGAUGCCGGCGACGCCGAGCCCGAGGCCAAGCGCCACGCGGCAGAGCACGCGACGAGUGGAGAGCCACAGCCGAAGCGGUCCAGAUGGGGUCGGUUCUGGCCAUUUGGGUAG